AUUUCCUCACUCAUUCAUUCAUUCGAGAGAGAGAGAGAGAGAGUGAGAGAAGUAAUAAAGCUAAGUGCCUCGGGUUCUUCGCGUCCUUGACCCAUUGCCAUUAGAGCUCCACUGACACCAAACGCUAACUACAAAACUCAGUGCUUGCUCUUCUUUUAUCACCAAUUCAAAAAGAGCAAGAGGGGGAGGAGGAGAAGCAGAAGGAGAAAUCUUCACCUGGUAAGGAAGCAAGAUGACUGUUCAGGAAGCAUCAAACUUAUGGUUUUUUGAGAGCCACAACAAUUUGAAGCGUUCUCAAUGGCUACAGUCAACUCUAUCAGAACUAGAAGCAAAGACCAAGGGAAUGCUAAAACUGAUCGAAGGUGAUGCUGACACAUUUGCUCAGCGAGCAGAAAUGUACUACAAGAAAAGACCAGAGCUUGUCAACAUGAUAGAGGAUUUCUACCGGUCUUAUCGGUCUCUAGCAGAGCGACAUGACCAGCUCAAAUUCGAAUCAGCCAACUCUUUCUCGAACCAAGGCUUCUUGCAUAAAGAAUGGGGCUUUACAGAUAAAUCAUCUUCUUCCUCUUCAGUACUAACCUUUGAUUCUGAAUCCGAAAUUGAUGAUCCACUGGAAGAAGAACCAGUUGAGAGUAAAUUGAGGGAGUUGCCAAGAAUCGAAAAAGAAAAAUCUACUCUUUCUACAUAUUGCAGUGAUUCUGAGCUCUGUGAAGAAAAAGUUGAAAGUGAUUUCAAAGAAUUAUCUCGGGACAAUAGUGAUAUCUGUGUGGUGAAGCAAAUGAUUGAAAAAGUUGAAAGUACUGAAUCUCUGUAUGAUGAGUUAAAAGAUGGGCAAGAUAAGAAUAAUGUAAUAGAACUUUCAGAAGAAUCCGAAAGAAUUAGAAGAAAGGUAAAUAAAACGACAGAAAAAAUUCCAUUCGUGGUUACCAACCCUGAAGAAGGAAUUCAAGGCCAGAACAAGUUGAAAGACUUAUCAGAUGCAAAGUAUGAAAGUAUCAAAGGAAAGGUAACGAGUGAAUUACAAAGGCUUGAAGAAGAAAAUUUGGCUCUCAAGGCUGAACUAGAUAGGAAGUAUGAAGAUGAGAACAAUUUCGCAGAAAUUUCGGAAAGAGUAUUGAUUGAGGAAGCCGAGAGAAUUGGAAGAAAGGCAAAGAAAACAAAAGAAAAAGCUACAUACAUGAAAGUUUUUCAUCCCGAAAGUGAAGAAAUUCAAAGCCAGAACAAUUUGGCAGUGAAGCUAAUGAGUGAAGUAGAAAGACUUAAAGAGGAGAAUUUAGCUUACAAGGCUGAACUAGAGAGGAAGAAUGAGGAGAAAAGGGAGGUUAUUAGACAGCUUUCUUUGUCUAUGGAUAUUCUGAAAGGGGAGAAUGAUAAUAUGAAGAAGUUAAUCAGAGAUUCGAAGAAACGGAUAAAACCUUUUGAGUUCGGAAACUUGAAAGGUGUUUUUUCGAGGAAAAUGUUUGGGAGCCAGCAAAAAUUUCCAACUACUCUGGUGGCACUCUGAGAAUUGAAGGAACUUAACAGUGACCAAGAUACAUCAAGUAUGACAUAAUUUUUUUUUUGACUAAUAGAUUGUAUCUGAUUGUGUGAUCAUUUACCUCAUAAGGAUGGAGUAAUGUUACAUAUUUUGCAGAAUCAUAGUUCUAAUGUUUUACAAAAUUUCUUUUACUUGAUCUUUUUGUAUGAUUUUCUCUUACUGUCCUUGAGUUAAUGUAAUUGUCAUCAGCCAUGGUUUGUUCUUAUGACACUUUUAACUAGUUACUUAUA